AUGUCACUAGGGAGUCUUGCAUUAAUAUACGUAAUUGGAGGACUUACGUUCUUCCCAUUAUUAGGAGUAAUUAUACUUGUAAUAAUCUUUCCACCAUGGACUUGGAAAUUACAAAAGAACGAGACGAUUAAAUUUGAUGAUAUAUCUCCAAAAGAUCUUCACAACCUUACUUCCAUCAACACCAAUAGUGACUCUCACGAUGAUUCACCUUAUCAUAAAUUUGGAUGGUUAAGAGUAACAAGAGAAUAUGAUCUAAAUAAUUCUAGUAGCGGGGUAAACACGCUUGGUAAUGUGAUGAAAGGAAUAGCUUCAUUAAUAGAUUCAAGUAAUAGUAAUAAAAAUCAAAUUAAACGAACAAAAGAUGCAUUCUUUGCGGUAUUAAAAUAUAAUACAUUAUUUGUGUAUGAUAGUGAAAGACAAUUAGAUUGUAAAGGAAUUAUAAUAGUUUCAAAUCAUGAUGUAACAAUAUUUCCGGAACAAUUACCAGAUAAUGAAAUAUAUACUAAAGUCAAUUCUAUAAGGUUAACAAAAAAACCAUCCGUUUGUGCUGAGAUGGCCAUAAAUUUAGAAAAUAAUUAUACCGAUUAUUAUUUAUUUUGUGAUGUUGGAGUUGAAAAAGAAGAUUGGUAUUUCGCGUUACAGAGAUCUUCAAAGUUAGAAUCGAACGCAUCUGCCGUAAUUAAUAAUAUUUCACAACAAAAUGUUAAUAAUAAUUCUAAUGGUCAACAAAUUAAUAGAGAUAAAUCACUAUUUGAUUCUUUCGCGAUGAAUCAUUUAUUGAAAACACUUUAUUCAAACGAAGAUCAUAAGCAAACUCAAUGGUUAAAUGCGAUAUUUGGUAGGAUAUUCUUAUCGGUAUAUAAAACUCAAGCGAUCAAAGAUUACUUCAUUCGUAAGUUGAUAAGAAAAAUAAAAAAAGUGAAAAAACCUGGAUUCUUAUCUGACAUACAGAUAAGGUCGGUUGAUGUAGGAGAUGGUAUACCAUAUAUAACGAACCCGAGGUUAGUUGAUUUAUCUCACAAUGGUGAAUUAAAUGUAGAUAUAAAUUUAAAUUAUACUGGAGGUUUUCGCGUUGAAAUUGAAACAGAAGCGAUUAUAGUUACGAGGUUAAAAACAAUUAAAGUACCUUUAGUUUUGGCUGUUGUGCUUCGAGGGUUACAAGGGAAGAUGUUAUUGCGUAUAAAAUCCCCCCCUUCUAAUAGACUUUGGAUGGGAUUUUAUGAGAUGCCAAAAUUAGAUCUCUUAAUUGAACCUAUCGUAUCUGAAACUCAAUUAAAAUUUUCUCUCAUUAUUAAUACUAUCGAAUCAAAAAUUCAUGAAAUGAUUAUGGACUCUUUGGUAUUGCCUAAUAUGGAUGAUAGCCCUUUCUUCAAUAGUUUUGGUAUGGGUGGAAUUUAUGAAGAUAUUGAAAAAGUGUUAACUAAAACCGAAGAUGAUGAAGAAGAAAGUGUUACAGCAGAGAUUUUGUCAACAUUAACAAAGGAAGAUUUACCUCCAAGCCUUCAUUCGGCUCCUGGAAAAUUGGAAUCAACAAAAUCUGAUUCUACUAAAGUAGAACCUAAUAAAGUGGAAGCCACUGUUAAUAUGGUAAAACCUUCUACUACCACUACCACUACCACUUCCGCUACUGUUACGGUUACGAAGGCCGAACCCACCACAGAAAACAAUAAUACUUGGUCAUCAAGAGCAACAAGAAUAAAUAAAAGGCUGUCUGCUGCACUACAUGAAUCUUUAUCUGAACCAAAUUUAUUAAAAAAUUCUUCUAGAUUUCGUUCUAUAGCUUCAGUUUCAAAAAGUUUUAUUAAACAACGUACUGAAGAUGAUUCUUCUACAUCUACCACCACAAAGGAGACCGUAAAGGAAUCUAAUGAUGAGAAUCUAGAUAAUAAAGAUUCUGUUGAGUCUUUACUUCCUUCAACGACGAACAAUUCUACGAAUAUUACUGCACAAUCUUCUACGUCAGCUUUUCGAAGGUGGUCUCAAACUGCUGUUCAAUCUGUUGGUAUUCGUCGUAGGACUGCAAGUAUCCUCCACACUUCUGGCAGCACCAACAACAAUAAUGCCACAUCCAACAACAUCACCUCAAAUAACGCCUCAAAUAAUUCUAAAAAUGAUGCACAAAGUUCAUCAAAUAAUUCUACCGAACCUAUUCCCAUCACAAUAACGGCUGAUUCAUCAACUUCAAAAACUUUAAUUGAUAAUUUUGUUCCAAUAAGUACUUCUCCAUUAAGCACUUCUCCAAGUGAUGCGUCAAUUCUAAUAGAUACAUCUAAAUCAAGAAAUGCAAGUAUCGAAUCUUUAAAACCUCUUACACCUAAGUCGUUAUCAUCUUCGUCAUCUUCCUCGCAUACAACGAAAUCUGUUUCUCAGAAUGAAACUUUAAAAACGGCAACGCCUACUCCUCCUCCUUCACCAAAAUCACCGAAACCACCGACCGAUAUACAUCUUUCACAUUCACUUAAUUUAUCUUCAUAUUCUCCAAUUAAUAAUAUUACUUCAUACAACCGAGAAUUAUUUUCAGAAAAUGAAUUAUUACAAGAUAAAGAAUUUUUCUCAGAUGUAGCCUCUUCUAUACUUAACACCCCUGUAGAAGAAUUAAAUCGUGUAUUAG